AUGGGCCAACUGACGGUGGCGUCCGGGCCGCGGUCCAGCCUGGCGCUUCCCGCCACCACGCUGCCGACCGGCGCCGAGCGGCGGCUGCGCGAGCGCCUGCCGGCCGCCGGCAGCGACCUGGUGUGCGGCGUCAGCGCCGGCCGUCGCGGCCAGCUGCUGAUCGACCUCGAGCCGGCGGUGUUCCGCGACGCCGCGGUGUACGGCGUGACGCGCCGGCCUGACGAGUUUUGGCGCGGCGAGCUGACCGCUGCCGUGGAGGCCGAGCACGCUGUGGUCGAGUUCAGCUCGCCUAACAUCGCCAAGCCGUUUCACGUGGGCCACCUGCGCUCCACGAUCGUCGGCAACUUCGUAUGCAACAUUCUGGCGGCGGUGGGGCCGGCGCCCGUACGGGUCAACUACCUUGGCGACUGGGGCGCCCAGUUCGGCCUGCUCUCGCACGGCUGCGAGACGGCCGGGCUGGACGCCGAGGCGCUGGGCGACGACGGCGUGGCCCGCCUGCUGCAGGUGUACGUCGAGACGAGCCGGCGCGCGGAGCACGAGCCGGUCGUGCGCGAGGCGGCGGGCCGCGCCUUUCACCGCCUGGAGACGGGUGAUGCGGUUGAGCGGCGCCGCUGGGCUGCCUGCCGCCAGCUCAGCUUGGACAGCCUGCGCGCCGCCUACGAACGCCUGGCCGUUACGUUUGACCACGUGGACGGCGAGUCGCUGUACCCGGCUUCGGCAUGCGCCUCGUUGCUGGCACGGCUGGCUGAGCGCGGCGCGUUGACGGAGCGCGACGGAGCCACCGUGGCUUGCCUAGACGGCGACGUUGAGGUGACGCUGGCACGCUCCGAUGGCUCGGCCGUCUACCUAACGCGCGACGUGGCGGCCGCCGAGGACCGGUGGCGCCGCUUCGGCCGGCGCCGCCUCCUCUACGUGGUGGACGCCGGCCAGACGGCGCACUUUCGCAACCUGCGCGCUGUGCUAUCACGACUGGGACACGACUGGCACGCCAGUGUGCAGCACGUCCCGUUCGGCCGGGUGCGCGGCAUGAGCACGCGCCGCGGCGCCGCCGUCUUCAUGCACGAACUGCUGGACGAGGCGCGCGAGCGCAUGCUGGAGCGGCAGCGGCGAGCACCGACCACCGACGUGCUGGAGGACCCGGAGCGCACCGCCGACGUGGUGGGCACCUCGGCCGUCAUCGUCAACGAUCUGCGCCAGCGGCGGCAGCGCGACUACGAGUUCAACUGGGAGGCGGCGCUGCAGCCGAACGGCGACGGCGGCGUGCGGCUGCAGUACCUGCACUGCCGGCUCUGCAGUCUGGAGCGACGCUGCGGCCGCCCGCUCAACCCGGACGCGCCGCUGGCGCCGCUGCUCGAACCCGAGGCGGCCGCCCUCGUAGGCCGAGGUGGCGCGCUACGAAGAGGUGCUGGUGGCCAGCCACGCGCAGCUGGAGCCGUGCCGCGUGGUGAUGUACCUUUUCGGGCUGGCGAACGCACUGGGUGGCGCGCUGAGACGCUUGCCGGUGAAGGGGGCACCGGCGGCCGAGGCCGAGGCCCGGCUGCUCAUGUUCCACGCCGGCCGCCUGACGCUAGCGCACGGCAUGCGCGUGCUGGGCCUGCGGCCGCUGGAGAAGAUGUGAACCGAUCGGCCGGCGGAGGCGCGGCCAGCUGGGGAGCACCCCCUGCCAGCUGGCUGCACCGGCGGAGGCGCGGCCGGCGGGGGAGCACCCCCUUGCCGGCUGGCUGCGGCAACUGGCGCUGUGAGACGAGGGCUCGGCAAUUAUGCGUGCAUAUGACGUAGUUACUAGAACGUACAGUGUUAGAGGCUCAGUCCGCUGUGGGCGACGUUUGAAUGCGGAUCACAAGUGCUUGAAAUACAUUUGCGAGCGCGGAGAGCGAUGUUGUGGUGGCCCAGCAUGGUGCUGCAAGCGCUGUAUCCUCAUUCUGAUGAGUAAAAUGGAGCACGGCAGAGAUUGAGAGCAGAGCGCCGAACGCUCACGGCCGUGUGCCACUUGUGAGGGUCUCGCGCAGAAUUCGGACCGAAACAUUUACAAAAACGGCAUCAGAUGUUACACGAUGGAUGCGAUUCGACACUCCGACACUCCACGCUGAUGGAGCAAACGGCUGCUCCGUGUCCACCCUAACAUGUCUAGCGCGCUUCGUUGAAUGCCAUUAUUGUUUUGUGGGUUACAUUGUAUCAAGGGACUUGAUGCACGCAUUUGUAUGCAUUGAGACAAUCUGAAUGGACGAAAAACGUAUUUGAAGUUGAUGUUUCAUAUAUAGUCCAUGUCACAUGUGCCAACCCAGCUCUGAAUUUGUGUUUUACACUAGCAAGACGAUAUGGACAUUUGCUGGCGUAUGGUAUCUUCUAUAAGAAGAUAAGUGCUGCAGUUGUUGCUGCACGGCCCCAAUGCCAUCACGCACU